UGCAUUAGGAAGGAGGUUGGACAGCCUGUGAUUGUGAUUGGCUAGAUGGAAUCUCCGAUUGAACUGGAAAAUAUAAAACUUUCUGCACUGUGAUUAUGAUUGAAGAGUUGCACCAAAUGACACUGAGAAAGGGCGGUAGAAAAAAGAAUGGGCAGGUCUACAAACUAAAGCGAGGCAGAUCAAAUUCUUUGUGCACAGGCUGUUGUUUUAUGCGAAGGGUCUGCUGAACACGACAAUAAUACGACUGGCUAUGAACCUUGGAGGCUUGAAGACAAACUGGAACCUGAGGUCGUGAAGAACGCAAUUUCAUGGUCGUAUUUAAUCUUGUAGUAAAUGUUGAUGCUACGCAUUUUUACUUUGAAAUAGGUUAUUAAAAAUGUAUUGAAUACAUGAGUAGGUGGAUUGAUUGUGCGAACCAACUGUUCAUUAUAUCUCUCUAUGGACUGCGGCUACAACUGGUACUCACGUUACACUGAUACAAGACAAUUGAUACAAGGAGUCCCUGGAAAGGGCAUGAACACUUGGCUGCAGGUUGUACAGUCCACAAUGGAAGCUCCUGCUCCUGCCCAGCCCACAGUAGGUGGCUCUUCUGAAUUCUGGAGGCGGUCUGGGGAGUGUCGGAGGAGGAAAGCUGCCUCCCCAAGCAUCUUCCAGGGGGUAAACCUGCUACAGUUGCAGCGCCUCUUCCAGAGGUCAGGGGACCAGCGGGCGGAGCAGAGAGCAGAACUGGUGUGGGAGCACAGUGAUGAGAACAAGCUGACUCAGGCGCUGAUGGGACUGAGACGAGGGAGGAGUCGCAGGCACAGGACUGGCCGGGGUGCCCUGAAACCGGUCUGGCUCCAAGCUUUCGGGAAGAUGAGAAUCAAUGAGUGCGACAUAGAAGUGAAUGAGGAUGAUGAUAAUGAUCAUGAUUCAGAGGUUGAUUCCAGCAGCGCUGACACUACUAUAAACGCCCAGUGUGAUGCACUGACUGACAGAGAGGCUUACAGCGAGCAGGACUCAAGCCAGCAAGCAAGCUCACCCCGGAGCAGUGGGAAGCAGAAAACGGAGCGGUACCCUGAGCAAUACCUCCAUCGCAUCCUGCAUUAACGACUACGGCAGGAGCACACAAACACACUACAGAGCCACACCUGUCCAGAGAAUCAGGUUUCCAACCUGAGAGACCAAGCUGGACUGCAGAGGUUUAACGGUGUGUCCUGACUGAUUAAUCAUUUUAUGACUUGGUCGGCACUGACCAUUACAGUGAAUUUAACAGCAACAGUUUUCUUUUUUUGAACAAAGGAAAGCCUUCGCUUUUAUUAUAACACUAUUUAUUUAUUAUCCCUCUUUCAUCACACCAUUCCAGAUUUCUAAAACAGCAACAAAAAGGUUCUGUUAACAACUGCGAUUUUUUUUUUUAUAGUUACUGAUUAUAUCAAUCUAGCUGCCAAGUUUGUCAAACAUCUGUCACUCUUUUAGCAAGAUACUCGUGCCCUUGCUACUACUUGCAGCAAUAUGCAGGUUGUCAAUUACAGGGUGAAUUUUCAUGCUGGAGAGGAAACACUACAAUACCAGACAGAGCCACUUGUAUUUGUAAAGGCAUACUUAAAGGCCCCAGUUCUUCAUAAGAAUGUGUACCUCUACUCCAACGUAACUAAAUUGCUGACCUGGACUUUCACAGUGAGUCGUUGUAUUUCAGAGUGGAGGAGCAUUGCAGUGAAAGGCCUGUGUCACGCUGUUUGGUCUGAAACACUGAGCACUUCACAAAAGUUUAUUUUACUUUAAAAUGACUUGAAACAUAAAAACUGUACCUGUCUUAUGUAUACCAAGCAAAAUAAAGAAUUGUCUUAUUUAUUUCAUUUGUAAUGAAUAACUGUGUUGGUAAAAAGCUGCAUUGUGAUUAAACUAAGUUUGGGUGUUUGUAUUUU